AGCACAUACACACUGUACUGCUACAGAGCUAACUGUUAGCCUGUUAGCACAUACACACUGUACUGCUACAGAGCAAACUGUUAGCCUAUUAGCCUAUAGCUAAGUUGGCAACACUGCUUCGCCGGCUUUUACAAAUGACGUGUGUUGUUGUGGCGUCGAGUACUACGUCACAUCCUGCUUAGCGAUCUAUCCAAUCAGUAACCGGGCUGUUUCUAGGGGAGAAAAGAGACCCUGCUCUUCUACAGUGACGAAAAAAGUCCCGACAAAAGUCCGCUCUGGACAGCUCGUAUUCAAAUUAGGGGCGUUUCGGCGAGUGAGACCUGCCUCAUUCCGGGUAUUGGGCGGUAGUGGAAACAGCCCUUUAAUGGUCUAAGUCUAAACACACGUUGGUUGCCCCCCCCCCCCCACCCCCCUGCACUCACUCUGAGGAUGAUUUGUGACUCCUGGGAGAGUCAGAUGGAUGUGAGCAGGUAGAAGAGCAGCAGUGGAGCACUUAGCCUACUGGGACCACAGGCUUUUGUAUCACUUUUUCUAAAUUCUCUUUAAAAAUGGCAGGUGCAAUCGUGGAGAACAUGAGCACUAAGAAACUGGUUUUCUUUGGUUUCUCUAUUCUUGUUUUUCAAGUUAUUUCCAUCAUGGUUGGAGCAUUAAUCGCUCCCAGUCCCACCAGUGCUAUUCGCUACUUGGCCACCAAAUGUAUUAAUCGGCACAGGGCGCGCAGCUGGCUCGCGCCGUGGGGAUCAAACCGGUGCCAGCAGAUCCACAGUUUUGACGAGCCUCUGGCAAAAACACUGGAUGCCAACGAGAUUGUUUUUGCCGUGCACGUACCUCAUCCCAGCAAGGAGAUGAGUCCCUGGUUUCAGUACAUGCUGGCUGUUCUACAGUUCGACAUUGCAUUCAAAAUGAUCAAUCAGAUUGAAGAUGAUGUCACCAUCACUAUUGAUGCUGGUCUGGCAUACAGGGAUGAUCUGAAAUCUGAGUGGACCACAAAGUUUCACUCAGUGGAGCAAAGGCCACUCAGGUGCAUAUUUGCAGUCCCAAAGACAUAUGACAAUGAAGGCCGCUUUUAUCACUGCGACCCCAUACCAUUCAUGGAACUGGGUAGUAUGGCCCACAAAUAUUUUUUGAUUAACCUCCGCUUGCCAGUGAAUGACACAGUGAACGUUGGAAUUGGAGAAAUAAAAGACAUCCAUAUAGUGGGCAUCCACCAGAAUGGGGGCUUCACUCAAGUGUGGAUCAGCAUGAAGACUGUGUUCAGUCCCUGGAUUUUUGUGGCUACAGUUUGGUACUGGCACAGGAUCAGCAUCAUGGCAAGACCUCCAGUCCUUUUGGAAAAGGUGAUUUUUGCUCUGGGUGUGUCUAUGUUGUUCCUGAACGUACCGGUGGAGUGGCUCUCGCUGGGCUGGGAGUGGACUUGGAUGCUGCUGUUUGAAGAUGCUCAACAGGGCGUCUUCUACUCCACACUCUUCUGCUUCUGGAUCAUCUUCUGUGGCGAACACCUCAUGGACCAAAAUCAGAGGAACCGUCUCUCAGCGUACUGGUGGCAGGUUGGGCUGGUGAUGUUCGGAUCAUCUCUUCUCCUCAUAUUCGACCUGAGUGAAAGGGGGGUUCAUUUGACCAACCCUUUCUACAGUGUAUGGGCUUCAGAAACAGGGAUGAAGGUGGCAAUUACCUUCAUUAUUGUAGCAGGGGUUUCUGUUUGCCUGUAUUUCCUCUCCCUGUGUGGCAUGGUGUGUUGUGUGUUCAGGAACAUUGGUGGGAAAAUGCAGCAGCUCCCUGCAAUGCCAGAGGCUAGGAGACUACGUUAUAAGGGUAUAAUAUUCCGGUUCAAGUUUUUGAUGCUGGUAACUCUGGCCUGUGCAGCCAUGACUGUCAUCUUUUUCAUCUUAAAUCAAGUCAGUGAGGGUCACUGGCACUGGGGAGACUACACACUCCAAGUCCACAGUGCUUUCCUCACAGGGAUCUACGGCAUGUGGAACCUGUAUGUUUUCACCAUCAUCUUCCUCUACGCUCCCUCACACAAGCACAAAGGAAACAAGCUGGGAGAUGGUCAACAAACAGAUAAGCCAGAAAGCCAAGAGACGCAGCUGACAUGUGGGGAGCAGGGCCCGACAGAGAGCUACAGGAUCACUGGGAAGCUGGCUGAGGAAUAA